GGGACCAUGGAAGUCAGAAGGAAGAAAAACAUGAAAGUUGCUGAGCCGAUGUUUCCUGAUCUGGCUGACCUGGAGCCCGGAGACUUGAUUGAGAUCUUUCGCUUUGGAUACCAGCACUGGGCCAUCUAUGUAGGAAACGGCUAUGUGAUCCAUCUGGCCCCACCAAGUGAAUACGCCGGGGCAGGCUGUGCCAGCCUCAUGUCCACCUUGACUGACAAGGCCUUGAUCAAGAAGGAGCUCCUGGGGGAUGUGGUCGGGAGGAACCGCUACCGUGUGAACAACAAGCACGACUCCAAGUAUCCCCCCCUGCCCCCGACCAAGAUUGUCCAGCGGGCCGAGGAGAUGGUGGGCCAGGAGCUACUGUAUAAAGUCACGAGUGAGAACUGCGAGCACUUUGUCACUGAGCUCCGAUACGGCGUGGCCAAAAGUGACCAGGUCCGAGAUGCCCUGGUGGGUGUUGGCAUUGCAGGGCUGGGCUUGGCCACCCUGGGAAUCAUUGGUGCCAUGGUCAAGAGGAAGAAGCAACAGAACCAAUAGCAGAACCAAUUACAGAGACUCUGAGACUUCCGUGUUCUUUCGG